GAGUAUCCGGAUGUCUUGAAUUCUCUUUCCACUCUGUUCUGUUCUGAUGCCAUCUCAUUACUAGACAUUGGCAUUAGACGUAGCAAUCAACUACAUUUGAACUGAGCGGAAGGAAUAUUCAAGAUCGAAGUAUUCAGAAGAAAUGCCUCAAGAAAAGCCUCAGGCACCUAAUCAGACUUUGAUUCCUAUCACAAAUGACACAGAAUCAUCAAGCUCUGUCAUUUCUAAUGAUACCACAAAUAAAGGCUGGACUGAAGACAAUUCUCCAGGAAUAGAAGUAUUGUGUGCCAUCUAUAUCACUUAUGCUGUGAUCAUUUCCGUGGGCAUCCUUGGAAAUGCUAUUCUUAUCAAAGUCUUUUUCAAGACCAAGUCUAUGCAAACAGUGCCAAAUAUUUUCAUCACCAGCCUGGCUUUUGGAGAUCUUUUACUUCUGCUAACUUGUGUGCCAGUGGAUGCAACCCACUACCUUACAGACGGAUGGCUGUUCGGAAGAAUUGGUUGUAAGGUGCUCUCUUUUAUCCGGCUCACUUCUGUUGGUGUGUCAGUGUUCACACUGACAAUUCUCAGCGCUGACAGAUACAAAGCAGUUGUGAAGCCCCUGGAGCGACAGCCCUCCAAUGCCAUCCUGAAGACCUGUGCAAAAGCUGGCUGCAUCUGGAUCGUGUCCAUGAUCAUUGCUCUACCAGAGGCUAUAUUUUCAAAUGUGUAUACUUUCCAAGAUCGCAACAAAAAUGCAACAUUUGAAUCCUGUGCCUCUUACCCUGUGUCUGAGAGGCUCCUGCAAGAGAUACAUUCUCUGCUGUGUUUCUUAGUGUUUUACAUUAUUCCGCUCUCUAUUAUCUCUGUCUAUUAUUCUUUGAUUGCCAGGACUCUUUACAAAAGCACCCUGAACAUCCCUACUGAGGAGCAAAGCCAUGCCCGCAGGCAGAUUGAAGCCCGGAAGAGAAUUGCCAAAACGGUAUUGGUGCUGGUGGCUCUGUUUGCUCUCUGCUGGUUGCCGAAUCACCUGUUGUAUCUCUACCGCUCGUUCACUUAUCAAACCUACGUCGACCCCUCUGCCCUUCAUUUUAUGGCCAACAUCUUUUCCCGGGUCAUGGCUUUCAGCAAUUCCUGCGUAAACCCCUUUGCUCUUUACUGGCUGAGCAAAACCUUCCAGCAGCAUUUUAAAGCCCAGUUAUUCUGCUGCAAGGCGGAGCUUCCUGAGCCUCCUCCCCCUGCUGGUACCCCUCUUAGCAACCUGGCUGUGAUGGGCAGGGUCCCAGGUGCUGGCAGCUCGCAGGUGUCUGAAAUUAGUGUGACCUUGCUCGCUGAGGGUAGUGCGAAAACGGAAGAUGACAGAGUCUAGCUUUUCAAUUAAAAAUGGUAUUUUUCCUCCCAGCGUGUGUAUCCAACUCGGAGCUGUGUGUAGG